CAGCCAAUCGACGACAUGGCUUUACUCUGACGCAUAAGGCGUGAUGACGACAACGGAAGCAAAAAGCGAAGCCCACAAGCGAUGUAAUUCACCCAAAGCUUUCCUUCUCUGUCUUUUAAAACUCCACGCUUUGGCCAAAUAAAAUCGACAUUAGCCCACCUGUCCCGUCGUCAAACAAACGAUCCAUCAUGUCGAAGCAGACCCUGGGGAAGAAAUAUCUAAGGAAUAUCAUCCGUCAUACCGAUGCUCACAACAAGAUCCAGGAAGAGACCGAGAUGUGGAAGAUGCGAGACAUGGAAGUCAAUCACGUGAGCGACGAAAAGACAAUCAGGGGUCACAUGCACUGUGAUCGAAUGUCCUAUCAGUCCAGAGUCUCCUCGGACCACGACGACAGGGAGGCUCGAUACUGGACGCGGAAGCUCUAUGAAUUCGAGGACAACGAUCCCGACAGAUGGGGACACAGUGGCUUCAAGGAGCUUUACCCAGAGGAGUUUGGGAGUGACAGUGAUAAAAGCAGUUCAAGCAAGAAGACGGAGCAGCACAGACACAGAGCGUCCAGGUCCAGACACUCCAAAAAAUCUUCCCAUAAGAAGAAGAAGCGGAAGAAAGAGGCGGAGGAGGGGAAGCGGAAAAGGUCCGAGGGGUCGUGCGCCGAUCGCGGCACCAGCGACGACGGCGGCGGCGGCGGCAACGCGGACAAAGACAAGCAGAGGGAGACGAAAAGCCGACAUCGGAGUAAGAAAAGCGACAAAGCGAGGGAGAGGAGGGACGAGGCAAGCGAGGAGGAGGGCGGCGGCCGACGGAGGCACAGUCACAAAAGGAGAAACCCGGACUCUCACAAACGCUCCGACUCGAAAAAGAAGCGGAGAAAAGACUGGCGAGCGGCGGGCGAGAAGAGCUCCGAUGAAAGCUCCGGGGAAUAAGACUUGCAGGGGAUAUCCUCACCUCAGGUCUUUUUCAACACUCCAAGGACCAUUCCAACACUUUUUACUCUUUAUACCUCUCAACUCGGGCUUACCGUUUUUCUUUUUAAAAAUUGUAUUUUAACAUUGAAUUACCAGCAUUUUUUCCCAGGUGUGGUGCAUGGUGUACCCUCCAGCUUGUCCCUCAACACAAUAAGUGGCAGGACAAUCAUUCAUUGCUGCAUUUAUUUUUUUAAAGUGGAUUUUUCUGAUUUUAAAUGUUUUUUUUUUUUUGCAACUGAAGCCUCACGCAGCUCUAAAUAUAAUAUACAGAAUAUUAAAAAACUGAAUCAAUCUGACCUGUAAAGAUUGGGCCUGCAAUUCAACACGAAGGGCCUUCACUCUCUCACUAGGCGAGAUGCAGUGUUUUUCAACCACUGUGCCGCGGCACACUAGUGCACCGUGAGGUAUUGUUUGGUGUGCACAGGGAAAGGAUGCAAUUCUAUUUAAUUGGUCCCAAAAAAUAUUGUUUGCAAAUCAAUAAAAUGUUGGAAACAAUAGCUGAUAGGCACACUGCAAAAUGUGAAAAGGGAUUUUUUUUGAAAAU